GGUGAGAUCACAUUCCUCAGGUUCCAUGCUUCUGUAUCUCUCUCUCUCUCGCUCGCUCUCUCUCUCCCUUUUUGAAGACAUCAUAGUCCUCGCUUGUCAUUUGCCUUUUGGCUGUCGUCGUGACGUGACUACAUGUUUCCCAAUGUGUCGGAAUUUGGCGGCGGGAUCAGCGUCUACCUGGAGGGCCCAUUUCGCCCAUGAGAGCUGUUUUAUUCCUUGUGAUUUUCGGGGCUCUGGACUCCUCGACAGGUAGGUAGGUAGGUAGGUAGGUGUGCGGCUGGCUGGCUGGCUGGCUUCGUGUAUCCGUCCCGUCUGCUUUGUGGCUCUUUUGAAGCAGGGCUGGGCCGGGGACGAUGGGGGGGCCGAAGGGAAUCAAUCAGUGUGUGGGGCUAAAAAAUGUCUAUUUAUUUUUUUCUUCCAAAACAUAACGGAGCAUUUUACAAUGAGUCCUUUGGGGAAUAAGUAGAAAACUAGGAGUGUGCGAGCGCUCAGUGGAAUGGUGUUCCCCCGUAACCACCGCAGGCUCAUCCUGUCCGCCGAGCCCCGUCAACGUCACCUUCUCCUCGCUGAACCUGAAGAACGUGCUUGAAUGGCUCCCCGGAAAGCAAACUCCGGAGGGCACCCGCUACACCGCGCAGUUGGCCUUCGUGAGCUCUCCUCCUCCCUCAGCUACGGUGACAGCGUGGGAGCGAGCCAGCCGCUGAACUGGAGGCCCGUGCCACGGUGCAAGGAAACGGAGAGGACCCGGUGCGAUCUGAGUAACCAGACGUGGGACCUCGAGCAGUUGUACUACGGGCGGGUGCGCGCCGCCGGCGGCACCGCCUUUUCUGAGUGGGUCGUGACACCCAAGCGCUUCAAGCCCAAGGCUGACACAUGCUUUGGGCCACCUCAGAUCUCGGUGGAAGUGAAGGAGGACGUGGCCAUCGUGUACCUGUCGGGUCCAAUGAGGUAUCAGCCGGAUGAGCGCGGGCCGCCCAUUUCCAUGGCGCAACUUUAUCCGCAGAUGACUUACAACCUGUCGGUUCACGAUCGCCGUCGAGAGCGAGUGAGCCAUUUUGCAGUCCCAUCCAGCCCGUACAAAUACAGACUGAUGGAUUUUGAGACGGAAUACUGCUUCUCGGCCAAGGCCCGAUUCCUCGCGUGGCCUUUCCACUGCCAGUGGUCCGAGAGGCGCUGCAUCACCACGGGUGAAGAUCCGGUCAGUGGGCAGGCGGGGCUGGCGGCUGUGGCCAUCGUGGUCCCAUCGCUGUGCAUCUGCGCCUCUCUGGUGCUGGGCUACCUUCUCUAUCACUACCUGACGGGCGACGGACACAAACUGCCCCGUAGCCUGCUAAUGGGCGUGGCUUCUUUGCACCUUCAACCCAACCUUGCGACCUUGCUGCCGGACCCCGUGGGCGCCUUGACGAGCCAGCGUAGCUCCGAGGAUGACGCAGAGAGCAACAAGGCGCCCGACUAUGUACGUGGCGGCCAGCGUCCGCUGCCGCCCCCGCCCGAAGAGCGUUGCGGUGACUCUUCGAGCUACGGUGUGGUCGGGCCGGCUGCGAUGGAUGGCGGCAAAUCGAGCGGCGCCCGCCCUGAAGAGUUGGGCCUUAAAAAUGCCCCUUCUCAGUGCUAUGUGCCGCAAGUGCAAAGCAGACUUGCUCUGGAUAAUGCCACCCAAACUCAGGCGGACUUUGCAACCAAGUAUUUGUCAAAUACACUUCCCGACGGCCUGAAAAUGGCCCCGACGGAGGUCACCGGGGACUCUUACCGGAGGCCCAAAGAAGAUAGGGAGAGGCCGUCGCCCGCCUUCACCUCCCGCGGUGACCCCUGGAACCUACUCGCGGACAACGCCAACUGGGCGGAGCGAGACGAGGAAGGGGGACCGCUUUGCGUCCAACGGGACCCUGAAAAGAGGGAGCCGGUGCUGCGGCUGGAGAUGACGUCGGGUCGAGGGGAGGUCGCCGAGGCCGAUCUGAGGUCAGAGAAGCCGUUUGUCAGGUAUCCGUGGUGGGAGGAGGCGGAGCCGCUGUGCUGGGAAGUAGAGGACAUGGUGAGAAACUGGGACCUGGUCAUCUCCGACAAGUAGUCCUGCCCGAGCUACUGCCUGUUCUUCGGAAGUGGAUGUUCCGCCAAGAUCUUUUCACGCAACUGGAGCACUGCACUUGUAACAGAAGCCUUACUUUAUUUUUUCUGCCUUAUUUGUCUUAUUUCUAAGAAUAAAAGCAGUUUGGAUAACGGA